GCAGGGUGGCACACGCCCUCUACGUCAUCGAGCUGAAGACUCACCAUAAAAUUGAAGACGCUCAACUUUUCUGCCUCCACUUUGUCCUCUUGCUCUGUGCUAUCACCUCCUCCGCCCACAGCUGCGGAGACGCAAUGCUGCAGGAGAAACAUGAUCGUUAAAACUCGGCACGGAAUAUUCUGCAACUAGUCUUCUGACUCACCACGGGCCGCCCUUCACCACAGACUGCCCUCUAAAAUGGCCCAACAGAACUACAGCUGUCAUUAUAAUGAGUCCAUGGGCUUCUUCUACAAGAACAGCAGCGCUGAGGAUGGAUGGAACAGACCCAAGCUCAUCCUGGUGCAGGUGGUGGGCUCUAUCUUCUGCUGUUUCAUCCUGGUCUCCAACGCCAUGGUCAUAGCUGCUGUCAUCACCAAUAAGAGGUUUCACUACCCUUUCUACUAUCUUCUAGCCAACCUUGCCGCCUCAGACUUCCUGGCAGGCAUAGCGUACGUGUACCUCAUGUUUAACACAGGUGAUGUGUCGCGGAAACUUACAGUUAAAGGCUACUUCAUCCGUCAAGGUCUUCUGGAUAUCAGUCUCUCAGCUUCUCUUGCUAACCUGCUGGUAAUAGCGCUAGAACGCUACAUCUCCGUCAUGAACUGGAAAGUCCACAGUAACCUGACGAAGAGGAGGGUGACCCUGCUGAUCGUGCUGGUGUGGGCCAUCUCCAUCUUCUUGGGGGCUGUGCCGAGUCUCGGCUGGAACUGCAUCUGCAACCUGAGCGACUGCUCCCAGCUGGCUCCCAUCUUCAGCAGGAGCUACCUGAUCUUCUGGUCUGCGUCUAACCUGGUGGUGUUCCUGGUGAUGGUGGUCAUCUAUACGAGGAUCUACACCUACGUCAAGAGGAAGACGGCGGUGCUGACGCCACACACCAGCGGCUCCAUCAACCGCAAGAGGACGCCCAUUAAGCUCAUCAAGACGGUCAUGGUUGUGCUCGGGGCCUUUGUGAUCUGCUGGACUCCCGGCCUGGUGGUUCUGCUGCUGGACGGCCUCAACUGCACAAGUUGUGAUGUCAUGAAAUUAAAAACGUGGCUGCUGCUCCUGGCUGUACUCAACUCCGUUAUGAACCCUUGCAUCUACUCCUACAAGGAUGAGGAAAUGUGGACAACCUUCAAGAACCUCAUGCGCUGCAUUGGUAACGGCACGCGACGGCAGCGGUCGACCAGGGCCAACGCCAGGCCGCUUAGCUCUGGUCAGGAUACGGGAAACAGUCAGCCUCCCUCAGAGGAGACAAAAAAUGAGGAUCAGGUUAUUCUUUAAACGGAACUUUUUAAGAAUUAACCAGAACUUCUGUCCAGCCCUGUCAGGACAUAUCUUAUGAAGUUAGAUUUGACUUGAAAGAGAAACCCCAUCAGUUGGUCUCAGGGGGUCGUUGCAGUCGUAAAAGUACUUUCUUAAAGAGACACUGCAGGCCAGCUGUAGAGCAGUGAAAUGGAGAUAAGAAGAGACUUUGACGCGCUACUAAUUCCACAAAUGGAUGCAAAGAUGUACUUUUUUAGUUUUUGUCAGGAUUUUACAGUUUUUAGAUCCAGUACUCCCAUUCAUGUGUAUUGGGAGAUUUGGGUUGCUGUUUCAUUUUACUCUUUUUGUCUUCGUCAUCAUAUCCCGGCUGGUUAUUUCAACUUGGACAAUUCUACUCUGCAAUGGCUGAAGAAAGAAUCCAGUACGAAGUACACAGUGGUACAUUUCUACUUUUACUCCCCAAAAGGGUAAAAAUCAUCAUACAAAAGGUGAUUUUGCUGUGUAGCUGAUAAGGGAAGCAACGCUGUAAUGGAGGAUCUAGUUAAGACGUGCAACUUGUUUGAAGUCGGUAUGCCUACUAUAAAACUGUAGGUUUGCUUGGGUAGGGCACAGUUUUAAAAAUGAUUUCCUGUUUUGAACAGCCAAUGCAAGAUACUGUAAACUGCUGUACUAAAUAUAUCUACUAGUAAAUCCUGUCCAUGCUUAAAAAAAAAAAAAAGAGGUGAAGUAAUUUCAAAUGUAUGACAGCUAGUAUCCUCAGCAUUACCUGCUUGUUUUGACCCUCAUUUGUAAUUUUAAGUCUACGAAAUCACACCCUGCUUUCUUUUGUAAAGCAGGUUUCCCUCUGGGGAAUAGAUAACAGUCACUUCUUUCUUGUCCCAUCUCUCAUCUUUUAUCAGUUCUCAUGCAGCACCUCAUGGAGGCAAACUUGUUCCCCCUGGAGCAUUUGUACGCGUCCACUUCAACUCACUGAAUGGCUGCUGUUGCUCUGAAGAAACCGCUCAUAAAUGACGGUUGUAAAAGGAUGUUGCGACACACUGGAUUUCUGCUUGAGUUUCAACAAAACCCUGUGUACUGACUGAACAGACUACCCACACACAAGCCCCCCUCUCCCCAGACUCCUCUGACGCCUCCAUUGCUAAAUCAUUGACAGGGUUCAAAUGACGUUUCUUUAACCUGCUGUACAGUAUUUAUGCCACUCCUGCUGUAAAAGACAUGACAUCAUUAAAGCUAUUUCAUUUUUAUUGUGGGAGUGUAGGAAUGUCACACAUUGAGAGUAGUGAGUACGGAGGUUUACAGCUACAAUGGUGGUGUUUCUUUAUCGAACCAAGAUUAUUCAUGGUCAUACCUGUGUAGUGACUUUUCAACUGCAAGACAUUUAAAACAAAAAUAAAAAAAAACUAAUUUUGUUAAUUAACAACUU